AUGCUCGGAGUCAUGUUGAUUUUAUUCGAUUCCCUUAUAGUCAUCGUUGCUUUCUUGAAAUUGAGGCUCCUAGCUAGGCCUCGAGUCGGGCUCAUCAACCUAUACGUUGGUCGUCGUCUUUCUACCUCCAGGCAGCCUGUUAGCUUUCUUCUCGCGCCUCGAUCAGUACCUCGCGAGGAGAGUCGCAGCCGGUUUUCUGUGCGGCAUGUUAGUUGCUCCUCCUUAGACACCUCUAACCACUGGGGCACGACCUCGAAUAUACAGGAAUGGGGGCGGUGCCGUUAUAUGGCCGUUAUCUGGCACAUGAAGUCCAGCCAUCACCGCCAACACUAUCAGACUAGCGGCAGUGACUUGAUCGACGUCGAGUGGCAACGAAUCGAAGGUGACAAUCUCGAGAAGGGAUCCGUCAGAAAGAAUCGAGAGGCGAGAUUUUAUGAAGAGCGAGUCUCAGCCAAUCGUUGA